GAAUUUGCCUCAUCAAUGUCAUUCAUAUUGAGUAUCUUAAGAGAAAUGCUGGAAUAUUUUGGUGUUCCCAUAAACCAGGUUUUACGCAUUUGGGAAAAUAAAGACUAUGGAUCAGCUCGGAGUAUUGUUCGUAUCAUUGGGAAACUUCUUCCUUUAGAACCUUGUCCCAGGCCUAAUUUUGAGCUGGUUCCGCUCUUGAACUCUGUGGACCUGGCUAACUGUGGCUCUGUAGUUCCGUCUUUUGCUGACGUUUGGUGUGUGGCAAAUGAUGAAGAAGCCAGUUAUCUCAGAUUUCGAAAUAGUACAUGGAAAAAUGAAGAAGAGGAGAAAAUUGCAUCUUUACAUCCUUUGCAACUAGUUGAAGGUCCAUUGACACCUGCUGUAAGGCAUAACAAACCAAGAAAAAAUGAUUGGCCUGAAAGUGAAACUGCAAUUAAAAAGAUAGCUGCCCUUGAAGAUGAGCUAGCUUUUCUUCGCUCUCAGAUUGCUGCAAUUGUGGGACGGCAAGAACUGGGAAACAGUACAAAAGCUGGUUUCCUGGACUUGAAUGACAGGCCUAGUGGUUUUGGACAAAAGCCAUCAUCAGGGGCUACUCAACUCAAUGUCAAACAAGAUUCGUUUUCAAGUUCAGUGCUUUCCUCUUCUCCUCCUCCACCACCGCCUCCUCAGAUUUCUUCUGUACAGCCUCCAUGUUCUCCUCUCUUGAAAACAGCAUCUAAUAAUAUUUGUGCAUCAGAUAAUUCAACAACUGAAGUGAAAAAACAGCACCCAGAUGCUAGGAACACCAAUUAUAGUCAUCAUUCAAAAAACCAGAAAAAUGAAGCUGUUCCAAACAUGUUGGAUGUUCUAAAGGAUAUGAAUAAGGUUAAACUACGUGCUAUUGAAAGGUCCCCUGGAGGCAGACCUAUUCAUAAAAGGAAAAGAGAAGACUCAUCUUGGGAUCCAGUGUCUCUAAUAUCCCAUGCACUUAGGCAGAAAUUUGCAUUCCAAGAAGAAGAUUCCUUUGAGAAAGAAGAUAAUUGUUGGGAGUCUUCUCCAUUUUCUAGUCCAGAAACUUCAAGGGUGCACUUAUAA